CGGAAGUUGAAGAGAUUUCCAUUAGUGAGCAAAACAGUUUGCACCGCGAAGUCCAUAAACUCCACCGUUUCUCUCGGUAUUUUUGUGUCAUAGAGAAUACAUUGUCCAUGUGUCAUCACUGAAAAGUCUUUACAAGUGCAAUCGCCGUGUUAUUUUCUUAAUCUGCGUUCGCUAUCAGCUCGUUGUAGUUGAUUUUGUGAGUUUGUUAACAUGAACGUUGACACUUCGCAGCCAGUGACCACUGGAGGAACAGCAUCGAAUUCGUCUACAUCGAGCAACAGCAGCAACUGUAUCACACUCACAAACAAUGCAGCAUCAAACGUGAGCAGUAUACCUUCCAUCGGAGCUAGUAACGUUCCAACCUCCGCUGCCAUGGCGACCCCAUCCUCUGAUGCAUCAGUGUCUAAUGGCGUGUAUAUGCCGUCCGGAAUCGCCAAUGGAGACGUGAAGCCGGCCAUUUCAACCACGCCACUGGCUGACUUCCUGAUGCAGCUGGAGGACUACACUCCCACGAUCCCAGAUGCAGUGACGGGUUACUACCUUAACCGAGCUGGUUUUGAGGCAUCUGAUCCUAGAAUAAUCCGGCUCAUCUCAUUAGCUGCCCAGAAGUUUAUUUCCGACAUUGCUAACGAUGCCCUCCAGCACUGCAAAAUGAAAGGAACCGCUUCCGGAAGCUCCAGGAAUAAGACUAAGGAUAAGAAGUACACCCUGACCAUGGAGGACUUGGCCCCUGCUCUCUCUGAGUACGGCAUCAAUGUGAAGAAGCCCCACUACUUCUCAUAGUCACCUCAAGACCUUCAACACACACACACACACACACACACACACACACACACACACUCACACUCACACUCACACACACACACACACACACACACACUCACACACACACACACAGGGUGUAGAACUGUCUUGCUUCUGUUCAGUUAGCAUUUUUAUAAUUCAUUGUAGCAUGUCGUCCUUAUGUUCAUUUAUGCAUUUGUGAUAUUUUAUUGAGCUCAAUAAAAUCUUCCAAACCAAA